UGCCAUCUCAACCGAACUUUGUAGUUAGAUUCCUUUCUGAGGGCUUUACACCGUACUCCGCUCAUCUACGCGGGAUCCGGCCUUAGGUUUUCUUUCUUGCAUCCAUCGCCGCUAUCAAUCUAACCCCAUGAUGGCACUCCCAUAUCAGCUCCCACCCUAUCGGCUUCAUUCCGCCCGUCCUGCCUCAUCCUACCCGCCCCAUGUGCUAAACAUGAUUCCGAAAACUCAUUACCGGCUAUUCCUUUCUUCCCGAUCCCGCCGCCGCUCCGCAGAUGUUGGGAUUGGAGUGAAGGAUGAAACAACUUCAAGUCCGGUUCAGAUACAUUGCGUUGCCCAAGAAGAAGGAAGGCAUGAGGGCUCUGGAAUUGUGAAGGAUAAAAGUGUUUCUGUUAUUCUUUUGGCAGGAGGGAAGGGGAAGCGGAUGGGGGUAAGUAUGCCAAAGCAGUACCUUCCUCUCUUGGGGAAACCGAUUGCCCUUUAUAGUUUCUACACUUUAUCCAAGUUAAGUGAAGUGAAGGAAAUAAUUGUAGUAUGCGACCCAUCUUACAAGGAUGUGUUCGAGGAUGCCUGUGAAGAAAUCCAAGUAGAGACCAAGUUUGUGCUUCCUGGAAAAGAAAGACAGGACUCUGUUUUUAGUGGAUUGCAGGAAGUUGAUGAAAGCUCAGAACUGGUAUGCAUUCAUGAUUCUGCCAGGCCACUAGUAUCAUUUGAAGAUGUCAAGAAGGUUCUGAAGGAUGGGUGGCUGAAUGGGGCAGCUGUUCUUGGUGUUCCUGUAAAGGCUACUAUUAAAGAGGCAAACAAUGAUUUAUUUGUUGUAAGAACACUUGACCGGAAAACACUCUGGGAAAUGCAAACUCCACAGGUUAUCAAGUCCGAUUUACUCAGAGCUGGUUUUGAGCUUGUCAACCAGGAAGGUCUAGAGGUUACUGACGAUGUAUCUAUCGUGGAACACUUGAAACAUCCUGUGUAUAUAACAGAAGGUUCUUAUACAAAUAUUAAGGUUACAACUCCAGAUGAUCUUCUGUUAGCAGAGAGGAUAAUAAACAUGGAAACAUGAGCUGAUUCUCUUAUUAUCUUUGCAGUAAAACAGACGAGAAAAUUUACUCUAAACCAAUUAUUUGUAGGACUCUGAUGAAAAAAAAUGUAUUAAUUGAUUAUUCGUUUUUGAUGGAUUUAUUUUAAUUUAAAGAAUUAAA